CGUCCCCUUCCGAGGGCGCGCCCGGGAAGCCGGGAGCUGGAGAGCGGUUGGCCGCCGCGCCCUUCCGGGUCGGGGGGGUGGGCGGUGCCAAGGCCCGAGCCCCGCCUACGCCAGGGGUGGAGCCACCGCCCGGGACCGUCCGGAGCUGCCGCAGGACACCAUGAAACUGCUGCCAGUCUUGGAGCCUGGAGACAAACCCAGGAAAGCAACAUGGUACACCUUGACCCCCCCUGGAGACAGCCCCUGUGCUCGGGUUGGCCACAGCUGUUCAUAUUUACCCCCAGUUGGUGAUGCCAAGAGAGGGAAGGUCUUCAUUGUUGGGGGAGCAGAUCCAAACAGGAGCUUCUCAGAUGUGUACACCAUGGAUCUGGGAACACACCGGUGGGACUUAGCCACCUCGGAGGGCCUUUUGCCCCGGUACGAGCACGCCAGCUUCGUUCCCUCUUGCGCCCCUCAUACCAUCUGGGUGUUUGGAGGUGCUGACCAGUCAGGAAAUCGAAAUUGCCUACAAGUUCUGAAUCCUGAAACCAGGACUUGGACCAUGCCAGAGGUGACCAGUUGUCCACCAUCCCCAAGAACAUUGCACACAUCAUCUGCAGCCAUUGGAAACCAGCUGUAUGUCUUCGGGGGUGGAGAGAGAGGUGCCCAGCCCGUACAGGAUGUGAAGCUGCAUGUGUUUGACGCAAACAGUCUGACCUGGUCACAGCCAGAGACACUUGGAAAACCUCCAUCCCCCCGGCAUGGUCAUGUGAUGGUGGCAGCAGGGACAAAGCUCUUCAUCCAUGGAGGCUUGGCAGGAGACAAAUUCUAUGAUGAUCUCCAUUGCAUUGAUAUACGUGAUAUGAAGUGGCAGGAGCUAAGUCCCACGGGGGCACCUCCCACAGGCUGUGCUGCCCACUCAGCUGUGGCUGUAGGGAAUCACCUGUACAUCUUUGGAGGGAUGACUCCCACAGGAGCACUGGAUACAAUGUACCAGUAUCACAUAGAAAAGCAGCAUUGGACCUUGCUUAAAUUUGAUACUUUUCUACCCCCUGGACGAUUGGAUCAUUCCAUGUGUGUCAUUCCAUGGCCAGUGAUGUGUAUGUCUGAGAAAGAAGAUUCAAAUUCUGCCACUCUAAACUAUGAUACUGAGGAAGGGGAUUCCACCGACCAAGGAGUGACACAAGGUGGUGACUCACACGAGGAAAGCCAGACUGACACACUGCUCUGUUUUGUGUUUGGCGGGAUGAAUACAGAAGGGGAAGUCUAUAGUGACUGUAUUGUGACUGUAGUUGACUAAUAAAUCCCACAUUUUUAUUAAA